AUGGGCUUGUCGCGGCGUUUUCUGAAUCUGAUUGUGGGAGGCCACGCGCCAACCGUUAGAUCGCUGCGCUGCAUCGAUCUGAAGCGCCUGCAACUCUUUUACCCAACCCCACCGUCACCAACCAACCCCGCCGCCAGCACCAUGGAGACCUUUGGGCUUCCCGGACCAACUCCGAUCUUCCGAGCCUGCGAUUCGGGUGCUGAUUGCCAGUGGAGAGUUGCUUGCUACCCACUUUCACAACGGAGGGUGCUCUGCACAGACCAGUGUCGGCGCAACUUGCUCUACGACGCCAGCACGCACGAAGUGGCAGCUAUUCCCGAGUUCUACAGGCCUAGGUUGGAUUCUCUCUCGCUCUUUGUCCCGGCCAGCGGCGAAGAAGGUGAAGAUGAAAAGGACCGCCAAGAGGGCAGUGAAGACGACGAUGACCAACAACGUGGAGGCGGCGGUGGCAGUCUCUUUCUGAUGGAGAAGAUUCUCCGACCGGUAACUGGUGAUUUAGAGGUCUUGUUCUAUGGCAAUGGCAGAAGAACCUCGCACUGCAAACUCUUGCCACCUCCGCCCUAUAUCCAUGAGCCCUCCAAGAUCGGGUCUUACGCUGUGGUUGGCAAUGGCGCUCAUGUUUGCAUAUCGGUCAAUGGCAGAGGCACCUAUUUCCUGGACACAGCCGGGCACACAUGGAACAAAGCUGGUGACUGGACUCUUCCCUUCCAUGGCAAGGUCGAAUAUGUACCUGAGCUUAAACUCUGGUUUGGCCUCUCCGCCAAUGCCCAACACUUGAUUGCUGCUGACCUCUCCACCACGGAUUCCCAGCCACAGCCAGUUAACAGUUGGAAGCUGUUUCAGCCUCUAGAAGAAUGGAUCGAACACAAAGACGCUCAACUUGUGAACCUGGGCUCAGGCAGAUUUUGCGUUGCAAGGUUCUUCAUACAUGACUUUGAUUUUGUUGAACAAGAUGACUCUCCCCGUGAUUGUAUUGUCUUGACCGGUUUGGAGGUGAUCCCGCGUGUCCUCAAUGGUAAAGUGAAACUCGAAAUGAUCCCUCACAAAUCGAUGCGUCACACGACUUUGCCUGUCUAUGGAAAUUCCGUCGAUUUAGUGUUCUGAUGAAUAAAAUUUGGGGAUUUGCUUCCAAACUCUCUUUUAUCAUCAUAUGCGGUCUGGAUGUUUCUGGGACUGCUAAUUUCCUCUGA